UGAUGGAGGGGGGCGAGAGGGAUUGAUGAGAGUGGAUACGAUGGAAGAGAUGCUGCCUGACCUGCUGAGUUUUGCUAGCAAUUUCUGUUUUUGCAUGUAAGGAUAAGAUUCCUCAGUCAAAAGUCAACUUCUUAACUGUUCUAAUUCCAUUUACUAGCAAUUAGCCUUAUGUCUUGGCAUCACAAGUGUACACAGAACAUAGAACAGUACAUGUAAAUACUACUUGGGCCUCCAGUAAACGGUGAUGGAGUAGGGCUUCUGAGCUUAUGGCUUGUCCAUUCUCUGUUUUUAUUGUGUUUUUUCCCCUUUUAUUUCACUUACCUCUUGCUGAAAAGCACGGUUGAGACAAUGGUGAGUAAGCCCAGUGUGGAUUCAUCAUGCCAGUGUUAGGGGCAGGUUUGGGUUCCUGGAGGUUUCUCCAUUGAUGAGGUGGCCCUAGCACUUCUGAAGCAGAUGCAAGUUUGGACCCAAUACAAGACCUGGCAGCAUCAGCAAGGUAGUACCAAAGCAGACUCAUGAUGGCAGUGGCAGAGUGAAGUCUGUGCCAGUACAGUACCAGGCAGUGUCAGAGGUGUCUGUGUUGCAAAGGCCCAGUGAGGACUAAUAGUGGUGAGGGUGUCAGUGGAGGCAAAAUUACACCAAAGAUUUUUGUUCCAGUGGCAAACCAAAGGAGACUUGAUCCUGGUCACCUGGCACAUGACCUAGCACUUAACAAGAAGAGUUGUAGGGUCAUAGAGAUAUACAGCACAAAACAGACCCUUCAGUCCAACUCAUCCAUGCUGACCAGAUAUCCCAAAUAAAUCUAAUCGCAUUUGGCCCAUAUCCCACUAAGCUCUUCCUAUUCAUGUACCCAUUCAGAUGCCUUUUAAAAUGUUGUAAUUGUACCAGCAUCCACCACUUACUCUGGCAGCUCAUUCUGUCAUGCACCACCCUCUACGUGAAAGAGUUGCCCUUUUAUAUCUUUUCCCCCUCUCACCUUAAACCUAUGCUCUCUAGUUUUGGAUUCCUCCACUCCAGGGAAAAGACUCUGCCCAUUUACACUUUCUAUGCCCCUCGAUUUUAUAAACCUCUGUAGGGUCACCCCUCAGGCUCCCAUGCUCCAGGGAGAAGAGCCCCAGUCUAUAUAGCCUCCCUAUAGCUCAAACCCUCCAAUCCUUGCAACAUCUUGUAAACCUUUCAAGUUUCACAACAUCCUUCCUAUAACAGGGAAAUCAGAAAUGCACACACUCUUCAGGUAGUGGCCUAACCAAUGUCCCAAAGAGCAACAACAGGAUCACCCAACUCCCAAACUCUUAUGCAUCAACCAACAAAGGCUCGCUGAGUUUCUGCAUGAGAAAAGAAGCUCGAUAGGUGACAAUGUGGGCUGUGAGUGGGUGAAAACGUGCUUGGCUCUGCCGAAAGCAACCCGUGACACUGUCAGGAGGUGUUGUUGCUCUCAAAUGAUAUGGAGCCCUGAGGGGCUGGAAAAUGUCCUGGGGAAGAAAGGUGAGGUGUUUUUUUUUCCUUGACUGACUGCCUCCACACCCUGUUCUUCAGCUCCGAAGAAAGGUCAUCGCUCGACUUCAAACACUAACGCUGCUUUAAAAAAAAUUCUCUCUUUUGCUGCCAAACCUGCUGCUCCGGUCCUUCAGCUCGUCCUCUCAGGCGCCGCCUUCCCCGCCAAAAAAAAACUUUAGCGUCGGGCAAUUAAAGGGGCGGGAACAGCCAGCGAGAGAGAAAUAAAUCCGCCGUCAGAAAAAAAACAAUCCAUCAGUGAUCACCAGCGGCGUUAAGAUGGCGGCUGGAGGUGUUAGAUUCUGGUGCGUUUUAACCUUCCUGCAGCUUCUGCUGGCCUGCGGCGCGGCCCGGCGGCCCUUGGUCACUUCGCAGACGCUGCACGGGGCUGCGGCUGGCGACCCUCAGGAGCGGGGCUUCUUCACGGUGGCGGCCGGCUUCAGCCACCGGAGUCCGGGCACGGUGCUGCCGCCGGACCGCGACCACAUUCGGGGCAACCUGAGGGAGCAGAACUACCGCCACCGGUGGCGCAGGAGCAUAGACCGAAAGGAGCAGCUGCAGGUCUUCGGACAGAUGAACCUCAAUGAUUCACACAAUCAAAUGGUUGUUCACUGGGCUGGAGAAAAGAGCAAUGUGAUAGUGGCGCUUGCCCGGGACAGUCCGAUUUUGCAGGGACCUCACACCAGUUCUGUGUAUGUUUCAUAUAAUUAUGGAAAGACCUUCAAGAAAAUCAAUGAGAAGUUCAAGCUCAAAGAUGAAUCAAAAAGCCAAACAGUUAUUGCUCAGUUUUAUCAUAGUCCAGCAGAUAAUAAACGGUACAUGUUUGCAGAUAUCAAAAAUCACUACUUGUGGAUCACUUUCAACUUUUGUAAUGAUAUUCAAGGCUUCCAAAUUCCAUUCAGUCCUACUGAUCUUCUUAUGCAUAGUCAGGAUUUGAAUCUUGUGCUGGGAUAUGACAGUUCUCAUCCAAACAAACAGCUUUGGAAAUCGGAUGACUUUGGACGAACUUGGAUUUUGAUUCAAGAGCAUGUCAAAUCUUUCUACUGGGGUGUGGAACCAUAUGACUUGCCUACUACAGUUUAUGUUGAACGACAUGAGCCAAUGGGUUCUUCGAGUGUCAUUAAAAGCACAGACUUCUUUCAGACUGAUGAAAAACGUGAGAUCCUGUUGGAAGGAGUUGAUGACUUUCAGUUACAAGACAAAUACAUGUUUGCCACAAAGAAGGUGCAUCUCCUAGGGAGCAGUGACCCAGUGACAGUACAGUUAUGGGUCUCAUAUAAUCGGAAACCCAUGAAACGAGCACACUUCCUCACAAGAUUUCAUAUAGAGGAGUAUUAUGUGGCUGAUGCAUCAGAAGAUCAGGUGUUUGUUUGUGUCAAUGUCAACAGUAAUGUGACCAAUCUCUAUAUCUCUGAAGCAGAGGGCCUGAAAUUUUCCCUUUCUCUGGCAAAUGUCCUGUAUUACAGUCCAGAAGGUGCCGGAAGUACAACUCUCGUGAGAUACUUUGCAAAUGAGCCAUUUGCAGAUAUUCAUCGUGUAGAAGGACUACGGGGCGUCUACAUUGCCACCCAGAUGAACGGGUCUUACACUGAGGAGAACAUGAGAUCAGUGAUAACUUUUGAUAAAGGUGGAACCUGGGAACUGUUGCAGGCACCAGCCUUUGGUAGUGAUGGUGUUAAAAUCAACUGUGAGUUAAACCAAGGAUGUUCACUCCAUCUGGCACAGCGUUACAGUCAAUUGCUGAACUUCCAGCUUCGCAGAAUGCCCAUUCUUUCCAAAGAGUCAGCACCAGGCCUGAUUAUUGCUACAGGUUCCAUUGGGAAGAACUUGGCAAACAAACCAAAUGUUUAUGUCUCAAGUAGUGCUGGAGCUCGAUGGCGUGAGGCCCUUGAAGGUCCCCACUAUUAUUCUUGGGCUGACCAUGGAGGCAUCCUGUUAGCAAUUCCUCAGGGCUCCCCUACCACUCAACUGAAGUACAGUACCAAUGAGGGAGAGACAUGGAAGAUUUUUAACUUCACUCAAAAGACUGUUGUUGUAUAUGGAUUACUUACUGAGCCUGGAGAGAAAAGCACGGUCUUCACAAUAUUUGGCUCAUAUGCCCAACAGUCCCAUAGUUGGCUAAUACUACAGAUCAAUACAACAUUAGCAUUGGGAGUACCUUGUUCUGAGACGGAUUACAAACUGUGGUCUCCCUCUGACGAGCAUGGGAAUGAAUGUUUGCUUGGUCGGAAAGUUGUGUACAAGCGAAGAACUCCACAUGCCACCUGCUUUAAUGGUGAAGACUUUGACAGACCAAUUACAGUUAACAACUGCUCCUGUACGAGAGAAGACUAUGAAUGUGACUUUGGCUUCAAGCUGAGUGAGGACUUGUCGUCGGAGGUCUGUGCACCUGAUCCAGAAUUCACGGGCAAUAUGUACGCUCCCCCUGUCCUCUGCCCAGUUGGCUCCACGUACAAGCGAACAAAAGGUUACCGAAAAAUUUCAGGCGAUACCUGUAGUGGAGGUGAUGUUGAGGCUCGUUUAGAGGGUGAAGUGCUGCCCUGCCCCGUGAGAGAGGAAAAUGAGUUCCUACUUUAUGCUCUCAGGAGCUCUAUUCAUCGCUAUGAUCUUUCCAAGGGCACAGAUGAGGUACUGCCACUUCAGGGUCUACGAGGCACUGUAUCUUUGGAUUUUGAUUAUGAAAAUAACUGCAUUUAUUGGGCAGAUAUUUCACAGGAUAUUAUCCAGCGUUUGUGCUUAAAUGGAAACACUACUCAGGAUAUAGUAAUCAAAGAUGGUCUACAAACUGUGGAAGCAUUGGCCUUUGAACCCAUCAGUCAGCUUCUUUACUGGAUAGAUGCCGGAGCCAAGAAACUGGAGGUUUCAAAUCCUGAUGGAGAUCUUCGUCUUACUCUGCUGAAUUCCACUGUAUUAGACCAUCCACGGGCACUUGUGCUAGUUCCUAAUGAAGGCCUGAUGUUUUGGACAGAUUGGGGUGACGAUGCUCCAGGCAUUUACAGAAGCGGGAUGGAUGCAUCUAAUGUCACGCGAAUCAUCACUACUGGCAUUAAAUGGCCUAAUGGGAUUACAGUGGAUGGUUCUUGGAUCUACUGGACUGAAGCCUAUGUUGACCGAAUUGAACGAGCUGAUUUCAAUGGCCAUCAGAGAUCUGUAGUGAUACAGAACCUUCCCCAUCCAUAUGCCAUUAGUGUUUUCAAGAAUCAGAUCUACUGGGAUGAUUGGUCUGAAAUGAGCAUCUUCAGAGCAAAUAAGCAUGAUGGCUCUGAUGUGGAGCCCCUGGUUACUGGCUUAACUGGAGUCAUGGAUAUGAAGGUUUUCUACAAAGACAAGACAACAGGGGAGAAUGCAUGUACGGAGAAGACUUGCAGCUUGAUCUGUCUUCCCAAACCGUUUGGUAAGAGAUGUGUGUGCCCUGAGGGAGUGAAGAGCACAAUUUUACCAUCUGGAGAUGUUCGUUGUGAGUGCCCCCAUGGUUACUCACUAAGAAAUAACAUCUGUGUGCGACAAGAACAUACCUGUCUGCCUAACCAGUACAGGUGCUCCAAUGGCAAAUGUAUCAGCAGCAUUUGGAAAUGUGAUAAUGAUAAUGACUGUGGUGACUAUAGUGACGAAAGAAAUUGUCCAACGGCUGCGUGCGAUCCUGACUCUCAGUUUAAAUGUCGGUCAUCUGGGGUGUGCAUUCCACUUUCAUACAGAUGUGAUCGUGAAGAUGACUGUGGGGAUGAUAGCGAUGAGGAACAGUGCUCUUUGAACAACUGUAAGAGUGGUGAGUUCACUUGUGCCACUGGCAUGUGUAUACGCUUGUCUUGGAGAUGUGAUGGGGACAAUGACUGCCGAGAUUGGUCAGAUGAACUGAACUGCACUUCAAGUAAACACACUUGUGACUCCAGCAACUUCUCAUGCCGCAAUGGACACUGUAUCCCACGUAGGUGGAUUUGUGAUGGGGAUGAUGAUUGCCGUGAUGGAUCUGAUGAAGAUUUAACUCUCUGUGGAGAGGCGCCCUGUAAUGGAUUUAGCUGUGAUAAUGGUAGCUGUAUUGCGAUGAUCAAGCGUUGCAAUGGUGUACCAGACUGUUUGGAUAGAUCAGAUGAGCAAAACUGCAAUCCAUUGUGUUCUCAGUAUAUGGAUUUUGUCUGCAAGGACAGUCGUGGAUGCCUACACAACUUCAUGGUGUGUGAUGGAACCCCACAAUGCGAAGAUGGUUCAGAUGAAGAUCCAAACUACGCUCACUGUUCCCAGACAGGAGAGUUCAACAGGACUUGUGAACCCUUCAAUUUCAGAUGCUUGAAUGGGAUGUGCAUUAGCAUGGAAUGGAAGUGCGAUGGGGUCGAUGAUUGUGGAGACUACUCUGAUGAAGCAAAUUGCCAAAAUCCUACUGAAGCACCUUCUUGCUCAAGAUAUUUUCAUUUCACCUGUCGGAAUGGAAAUUGUGUUCCAACAUGGUGGAAGUGUGAUCAUGAGAAUGACUGUGGAGACUGGUCUGAUGAAGAUGACUGUCCUGGUUGGAAUCCUGCUCAACAUACGACUAAGGCUCCUUUGAGUUGUGGUCCCAACCACUUCCGAUGUAAUGUUGGAGGAUGUAUUAUAAACAGUUGGGUGUGUGAUAGAUAUGAAGACUGCAUGGAUGGUUCUGAUGAGGAAGGCUGUCCCACUUUUCCAGCAGCAAGCGUGACAACCACUUCCACCACUACUGUCCACCCAGCUGGAAAGUGUAGCUCUUCAGAAUUCCGUUGCGUUCGAGGCCAUAAUUGUAUCCCCAACUGGAAGCGAUGUGACAGCCACAGGGACUGCCGCGAUGGCUCGGAUGAAGUCAACUGUCCUACCCAUGUUCCAUUACGGUGUUUGAAUGAAACGGUUUGUGAGGAUGGAGAGACUUGCAUAAGCCAACUGGAACGCUGUGAUGGAUUUCUGGACUGCUCUGAUAACAGUGAUGAGAAGAACUGCUCAGCUGAUAAUGUAUCAUACAAAGUUCAAAAUUUACACUGGGCAGUUGAUUUUCGUGGUGCAAUUUCUUUAAUGUGGGAGCGACCAAAGAAUUUGCCACCAUCGUGUACCUCUGUUGUACUGUACAGUUUGGUUGGUGAUAACUGGAAGAGCUUGGAUGCUGGUGACAAAACUACAGUUGUUAUAACUGUUAUGAAACCUGACACAACCUACCAACUGAAAGUACAAGUGCACUGCCUUCUGAAGAUCUACAGCCCAACUGAUAGUAUUAUAUUGCGUACACCAGAGGGCUUACCUGAUCCACCGCAAAACCUCCAGUUGUCUUAUAGCGAAAUGUAUGAUGGUACUAUAUUCUGCCAGUGGAGUCGCCCCAUCAAUGCACAUGGCCUGAUUCGGGAGUAUAUUGUGUCAUACAGCAAGCAAGGAUCGAAUGUAUGGACUUCCCUGGAAUCCACUGAAAACCACACAAACAUCAGAAAUUUGGAGAUGGAUGUUAUGUAUGUAGUCAGGGUUGCAGCUGUUACAAGUUAUGGGAUUGGAAAGUGGAGUGAAUACAAAAAAAUUAUGACAAAGAAAGGUCAAGCAAUUCCUGUGCCAACAGUUACAGUCACAAGUAUAAAGGAAGAUUCUAUUGACUUGAAAUUACAGAUGGAAGCCAGUAUUAAGGUGGCAAGUUAUGCAGUUGAUGUGUCAUGGAUAUUUGAUACUCAUAUAAAAGAGAAGUGGUCAUGGGUUGUUGAUACAGUUCGAAAAGUUGAUGGGCCAGUUACCUUACCCAUUUCCAAUUUAACUGCUGGUACAAAUUAUGAGAUUUCCACCUGGGCAAAAACUGAUGCUGGUGAUAGCCCGAUCUCUUUCGUACAUAUUAAAACAAAAGGAACCAGUCCAGCUCCUCCGAAACUUAAUGCAGUUCCAGUCAAUCAGACUACUGUGGAGUGCUCUUGGAAUGGUCCAAAGAAUGUGGUUUAUGGAGUUUUCUUUGCUACGUCAUUCUUGGAGUUGUACCGAAAUCCUAAAAAUGUCACAUCAAGUGUUAAUAACCUAACGGUGACUGUGAGCAGUGAUGAGCAGUAUCUGUUUUUGGUUCGUGUUGUCAUCCCAUAUUUUGGACCACCUUCCGAAUACAUUGUUGUUAAAAUGAUUCCUGAUAACCGACUGCCACCUCGCCACUUACAUGUCGUAAAAGAGGACAAGACAUUUGCUGUACUGAAGUGGCAACCUCCGUAUGACCUGCUGAAUGAACGUUUAACCUAUGCAGUUCUAGUGAAAGAUACUAUCCGUAAAAGUGAGAAGAAUUACAAAGUGAGCUCAAUGAACAACACAGUAGAAUAUAUAGUGAAGCAACUGGAACCAGGUGGAAAAUACAGUGUUGUCAUCAGACUGCUUAACAUGAGCAAGGAAACAAGUGUCUCUUUAAACCCAGUUCCUCUGUCAGCACCAGAGUCACUGAAAAUCUUACUAGAGAAAGACCACAUCCUGCUGUUCUGGAAAAGCCUCAAAUUAAAAGAAAAGAACUUUAAUGACAGCAGGGGAUAUGAAAUCCACAUGUUUGAUCAUGUGACUAAUACAACGGUAUGCCUUGGGAAUACAACGGAUAACAUCUUCGAGAUUUCUGAUCUGAAGCCUGGUCACAACUAUACAUUCACAGUGCAAGCCAGAUGUUUGUACAAUGGACAGAUUUGUGGUGAACCAGCUUCCCUGCUGUACGAUGAACUUGGAAAUGAUCCAUCAGCUUCCAAAAAUCCCAAAUCCACAGAUGUAGCAGCCAUUGUGGUACCAGUAAUGUUCCUGCUCCUGGUGAUGUUAGGUGUUGGAUUUAUUGUGUUAUAUGUUCGUCAUCGAAGGCUCCAGAACAGUUUCACAGCUUUUGCCAAUAGUCACUAUAAUUCUCGACUAGGAUCGGCUGUGUUUUCUUCAGGUGAUGAGCUAGGUGAUGAUGAAGAUGCACCAUUGAUUAACGGUUUUUCAGAUGAUGUGCCGAUGGUACUUGCAUGAAGAUCUUGCCACGUACAGGCAGUGCAAGAUUUCUUUUGAAGAAGUUUCAGGAGCAGAAAAACCCUUUUUAAAAAAUGCACUUUUCUGAGUUGCAAUACAUUAUUUUUAUAUGGACCAAAAUUUAAAAUUUAUUGCAGUAAGCUGUAAUACGUAGGUAAGAAUGCAAGAUAAAUAGUGCAGUCCUGGUCCCUGACUGUAGGCUUUUGCACAGCUGUGCUUGUGUUCUUCGCCUGCAGGCACCAUUUAAUUUUCAGGUUAAUUGUUUGGUGGAUGUUACAGCUGCAGAUUCUCUUUCUGAUGGUCUGUAGAUGCCGAUGCGUACACAAAAGUUAGGUUUCAGUAUCAAAUCUGAUUUUCCAAGACACCAACAUUGAUUUAAAUCACUUUUUAAAAACUAUAGCAUCAUUAGUGAAAUAUAAUAGUCACACAAAUGAUGUUAACACUUAUACAGUUAUUACAGUGAUUGAAUUUGCUCAAUGAUUUUAAUUUAAAAUUUAAAAUAGUUUGAAGUACCAAAAGGGAAAAUUUGAUCCAUUAUGCAAUAGAACCUCCAAUGGAAGUUGAGUAGUUCAGUGGGGCAGUGCAUUUAAUAUUUUCACUAUUUCUUUGUUUGAAUUUGAUAAUCUGUCAAUAUUUUCACAUCAAAUUGAUAAAAUAAUUUAUAUAAAAAGAGAGGAUGUUUGGCAAAUUGCAGAAUAGUUUCUAGCAACACACAGGUUGCAAAUACGGUCUGCUAUAAUAUUAAAUUUACAUUGCUUGCAGUUUGAAGUCCUGUGGUGUCUACUGUUAAAUCAUGAUAAUUUUAUUGUUAAAUCAUAAUUUUAAUACAGUUAAUGCAUAUCCUAACAAAAUCCAGUUUCAUAAAAACAUCUCUGGUUGCUGCCUUGAUUGAAUCUGGCAUGCAGUCCUAAAAUGAUUCUGUACAGAAGAAACCAUUGAAGAUGGGGCUGCACUUUGAAAGGGUCAUCCAACUAAUCCUGAAGUCCUUUAAUUUUUUUUCCCUUUUUUUUGACAGUUUAACCAAUGCCUUUUUGAAAGUUAUUGCUGAAUCUAUUUCUGUCACCCUUUCAGGCAGCACAUACCAGAUCAUUGUAACUUGCCAUUUUUUUAAAAAGGAAAUAAGAUUUUCUGUAUCUUCCUGCUGACUCGUUUGCCGAUGUCAUGACAGUGUCACUAAUGAAAGUGCACUGAUUCUUGAGCCCCACUACUCCUGAGUUUGUCGCAGAAGUUAAAGAUUUGAGUACUCGAAUUCCCAGUUUACCUGUCUGAUGGAAUCAGCUUAACAGAGAACUCUGACCAGGCUUCUGUACUAAACAAGAAACUGCUAUUUAUUACGAAGAAGCUGGUUCUAACCACAAUUAAGCGAAACAUACUACUUUUUUUUUAAAGCAUACUUUGAUAACAUACAACUGUGCUAUCUGAAAUUUUAACUCCUUAAACUCUCAUACAGUCAGACACAGACAAACAAACAUGAAUCAAGUCUGUGGAGCUGGAUGAACACAGCAGGCCAAGCAGCAUCUUAGGAGCAGGAAAGCUGACGUUUCGGGAAGGGUCUAGGCCCGAAAUGCCAGCUUUCCUGCUCCUAAGAUGCUGCUUGGCCUGCUGUGUUCAUCCAGCUCCACACCUUGUUAUCUCGGAUACUCCAGCAUUAUUAUCUCUUAUUUAUGAAUCAAGUCUUUCUGAUCACCUGUAGUCUUAUUCUUUCCAAGAUCUUUCAAUUCUUUAUUACAGUUACAGGCUACUUGACCCAAUAAUUGUUCAGGUUUUUCAGUAAUUUGUUAGAAGCAAUAGCUUCUAGGAAAUGGUGGGAGAGGAUGGCUAGUUAUCUUCCAGAUUUUGCUUACUUCACUGUAGAGAGAGAGAGAGACCGUUUCCCUGGUGUAGUCAGGAGGCUUCUUCACAUGCUGUCUGUUUACGUGGCCAGGAACUAAACAAGAGUUGUCAUGAUGUUGUCUCCUGGCCUCCAAUCUGGUCCUGAUUGGUUUGUCAGUCGGCAAUCUGCCUUGCUGUGCACGCACUCUCUCGGUGCCAUGGUGUCUUCGACAUCAUCUCCAUACCCAACUGCUUAAACAGUGAACAAAACAGCAAAAACACAACUCACAGUGAGUUCCAGUAACUUGUUUUCAGAUUUGCUGGAUUACUCCUUCAGUCCUUGGUUUAAAACUUGUUUUCAAAUUUGGCCCAUGAUCCAAAAUGAAGAAAAAUAAUUAUAUUAAUUAUAAAAGUAAAAUAUAAAAAUAAUUAUACUAAUUACUGGAAUGUUUUUGAAUAAGCGUACUGUUUCUUCAUUGUGGGACGUUCUGUUUUUCAAGGGAUACCCAAGUUUCUGUUAAAAAGAAAAUUGAUACGUUCAUGUUCUGUAUGUGUUUCUGAUGUCUUCACUCAGACAUCAAAUUCCAUCAUCUUAAUGAAAUAAUUUAAUAUUCUUCAGUUUUUUUAAUCCAACUGCAUGUGUUUUUAACCAAAAUAUAUUAUUUUGAAUCUAAUCAUCUUGUAGAAUCUCUCCAGCCACACAACCUGCGUAUAAACCAGUCUCUUGCACUUUUGAGCUAGACGCGGUUGUCUGAAGAGCUUGCAACUGCCCGCUAAUCGAUGGCAUUGGAGCAGUAGUUCUUUUGUUUGGCUUGAAGCCAGGAUUGGCAGAAAAAAGUCUUUGUGUCCUUUGCAGGAUUUCUUGGUAGCCCAGGAACUUGUGUGUGUGCAGAUAGGUCAGAACAAAUGUUCCAGUUUUGUUUGUCUUGCAAUUAACUCUAACUAAUUGAAAUAGAAGUGUUCAUUAAAAGAUUGUUAUUAUUCUGUUACAGCCAUCAGAGCACACUCACUCUCACUCUGUCUGUCUCUAUUUACGUCCCUACACCUCACGCACCCCAAAAUUCAAUAUGCUGUCCCAACAAUUUAUGAUUCACAUCAACACCUGGACUAUAACUGUGAAAUUAAAUUGUUUUCAUCCUUUUAACUGGGAUAAGUUCAUAGACCAUCCAUAAGUUGCAUUUGGCAAAUUUAUGCUUUUAAAUUUUCAUUGUAGAAAAAUCAAACAAUCUUUGUUACAGUGAGAGAUUAUAAAUUCAGUGGUUAUAUUUUUGAAUUGACAUACACAUUGAAUUUAGUAGAUUUGAUUUUAAUUGUCUAUAGUUCAUAACAGAGACUACAAUGUAAUGAUACAUGAUUAAAUGAUGACUGAAGCCAAAUGCUUGAGUUCGUUUUAAGUUUUAGAUUUUAAUUGGUGAGGCAUGAUGAUAGCUUGGCCAUCAGAAACAGAGUGCAGUUUUAGUUUUGAUCCUGCUACAAGGCUGCUGGGAGUUGCCAAUUAUGUGUCAUUUUCUGAUCAUGGUUUCAACAUUAGUCAGAAUAUAAUUAUUUUAUUGUUGCUAAAGGAUGUGUGAAAGGGUACAGUUCUCCAAAUUUUACACAGAUGCCCAACACGCUGCAAGCUUGUACUAAUUCCCUCCACUGGACCAAAUAUUCCAUGAGUCACACUGCAAAAACAGUCAGAAAGCUAUAGGUUUGUUUUCUCUGUCUAUCGUUCAACCCCAGCUAUAAAGGAUGAGGAAGCAUUUAUGCCAUCACUAUAGGCCAACUGCGAAAUCUGUUAAAGUAUGGUGCCCUGGUUGUUUCCUAAUUGCAGUGUACAUGAUGGUUGCAGUUCUUAAAGGGUUGUUGGUUGGAUCUUCAAACUUACCUCUUCUAACAACUAAAUUGCAGUUGGCUUUCCGUCAGACCAAACAAACUAAAUUACAGAAUUUUCCAAUAUUGUCCUUCAUAAUUGUACUUUGUUGAGGAAGGAUUUAGAAUCAUUAUUCCAUGUUUUUGUGGUUCUUCAGUAGUUCUGAGUCAUAUUUUUUACUGGAAAAAAACCUGAACUGCCCACAUCAAAUAUAAAUGAUGUCCCUUAUACCCUCUUAACCAUGUAAUGUAAUUCUGCAAAUAUGUUUACAUAAUUUGAAUUGUCAAUGAAAUGUCGAACAACUCUAAUGUCCCUUGUGAAAAAGCAUUUACUGUUCAAUUCUAUUUUGGCAAACCUGCAAAUAAUGUGUCACAAAUAGAGAACUGCAGUUGGUUCUUUUAGCAUGUUUCUUGAUUUCAGAAAGUAGAUUUGGUCUAACUAGUAAUUCAUACUUCUGUCAAUCAGAGCUUUUGUCACUUUGCCUCUUGAGCAUAGCUGUAAACUAUUAAAAAGAACUUACAUAUGACAAGUGUCUUAACUGUAAUUUUGCUCAAAUGAAUGGGUUUACUUAUAUAAACAAAUAUGAGGACAAAUAUCGCAAAAGAAUUUUGAAAAUUCAUCUCCCUUUUCAAAAAUAUCAAAGUGUAUAGUUUGGAUCACACUAACACACAGCCUUGGCUAUUUCCCUACUGUAUGGUCAUGCUGAACUUGAUCACAACCUGUGUGGAAUUUUUGCCAAAUGUGCAUUAUGUGAAGGAAAAAAAAAUGUUCUUUUGGUAAUUGUGUUUCUUCUUGAGCUGGCAAGCCACUCUGUGAUUGCUGACAACCUGCUGUCUUGCAUUAGUUUAGCUUCACUAUGUGGUAGUGUUUAGGUCUGUGUUAUAGUUACUAUCUGAAAUGGAGCCAUUUUUAUUGAUCUAUAAUUUGUUUGCAUUUUAUUUAAGUCACAUGAAUGUACUAUUUUACUGCUGGGUGCAUGGAGGGGAAGUCCAGCAGGGCUGCUUGUUUUAACAUAUGGUACUACUUUUAAAAGUUUUGUGUUUUCAUUUAAUUUCUUGCCUUAAAACUGGAGUUUUGUUUUAAGAAAAUGCUUAAAAGCCUUUAAUCAUUCUGCCAUAUCUGCCUUACUGAGUAAAACUUAAGUGGUCUGUAAUUUUGUGCAUCAGCCUUCAAUGAUUCCAAUGUUUGAAUUGCACAUAUGGAUACACAUGGUCAACUCCAUCAGCCAGCCACCAGAACCUGAGUGGUUUUGGUGUGUCCGUUCUGCUUCAUUUUUGUAAAAAAAAAUUGAUUGCUUCGACUUGUAGAGAAGGAAAAUGCAUAUCAAAUUCCAAAGUUGCAGAUUGUACAAUGCACAAUGUACAACGAUGGGGUGUUUUGUAUAAAUGGAAAAUGUUUUUUUAAAAAUGUAAAUUUUGGGAAAUAUUGCUGUGGAUCUAUUUUUAUGUUUGGUAGUGUUUAAUUAAAGCACAGUAGACUGUUUGCAUGGGAAUGUGGAGGGUACCUCCUGUAUAAUGACUACACAAGUCUAGUGUCACAUGAUGUUCUAUGUAAAAAUAAAUGCAACAAAGGAAACCUUGAAUUAAGCAUAGCUGUGCCAGAAAUCAACCAUAUUGGUGGUACUGAAGAAGUCAGGUUCAGAUUUUUCACUGUUUUUGAUUUUCAGGCUGUUGUGCUGUGAGACUUUGCACUAAUAGAAUGUUGGACAAAUUGUGUAACAAAUCUCUGAAUUCUUUAAUCACCAAUUGCUGUACACUUUUGGAAGGGGUGUCAUGUGCUUUAAAUGUGAAUUUUUUUCACUUAAUAAAUCUCACUUGGGUCAAGAA